AAGUUACCAGAAAAGCCUUCACCUGAUGAAUGCUACCCGCCAAAUCGUGUAGAGGGUUUAACUACGAGCGAAUGUUCGUUUGGCUUUGUUAAGAACCAGGACGUCCAAAGAGAGUAUUUGCAGUCAAUACAAUCAUCCAUCCCUGGAGACAGUGAAAAAGAAAAAUUUAAUGGGGCUGUCGAUCCCAGCUGUAAUCCUCAGGAUAUUGAUGCAAGCAAUUUUGAGUCAAGUCUUGGGAAUCACUGUGAAGUCCAGUGUAAUGCUUGGGAUGAAGAUUUGUCUGGGCAACAAAACCAGCUAAAGGACUGUUCCGAUGCAUGUCGUCAAAGUGUUCUAGGGCUAUCACCUUUGACAAAUUCGGAGAAGACUGUCACUGGAACCCAGACUGAGGAUUGUUUUGGGCCUGUCGUGGCAAACUUGGAAAAUGAGUUGGCAGCUUCUCAGAACAUCUGCCACAAAUUGCAACAAAAGAUAAAGUGGCUAGAGGAGAAACUGGAGCUCUGUGAAGGGGAAAACCAUAAGCUCCAAGCUGAUCUAGGAAAAUACCUGUUCUUUGAAGAGAAAGAAAAGCGUUUGUCAGCAGUGUCGGGCAGAAGAAAUGAGUUACUGGGCCAUCUUGUGUCAGGAGAAGCCACAACAUAUUAUGAUGGAUCAUGUUCAUUCAAUAAUCCACCAGACUCUACUUUGUCUGUUAUGAAUGAGGGUAAGCCGCUAAUCAUCCUUUCCAAGUAAUUCCAUGAAGCUGAUGCAAGAAAGGCUGACCGCUGACCGACAGCUCGCAACAGCGCUCCUUUUCGUUACCUGUGUUAAAUUUCAAUUAACUUUAUUUAACUUUGGGAAGCUACUCGGAGGAAUUAAUCGUUUUGAUCUUGUAUCACAAAUUGGAGUUGAUGUUGAGGUUCCAGGGUCUUAUUGUUGUUUUCUUCUCUAUUAGUUUUUGUUUUAAAAAAUAAAACAUUUUAAGAUGAACUUUUGAGGCACAGUAAAAGCUUCAAUAUAGCAUGUUUACUAGCUGACGCAGCUCAUACGUUGCAGUGGGCAGAAUAUCUACUGCUUGAUCUGAAAGGAGACACAAAAUAAGGAUUUAGGGCAUUGUUUUUUAAUACUCUUCGACCUCCAUUAUGUUAUAUUUUCGUCGUUUUAUCAUUGUUAUUUGUGACAUAGCUUCCGGUACCGUAUUGUACGUGCUAAAGGUUACAAGCAGUCCCCAGAAGAAAAGUGUCCUCCAUGCUAGAGUUGACUCAAACCUGGCUUGAUCGAAAUGAAUUUUUUAGUAAGUUUCGAUGUGAAGAAACUGCCUUCCAUUCCCAGAAGGAGUAACGUAAGCUUAUGUGUUUAUUUCUCUCAAAGCAUCGAAGCAUUCCCAAGUAAGGAGUUUGUCAGGAAGAAAAACUGAACCACAGGAGCAAGCUCCAGGUUCAGCUCCCGAUGAUUCUGUUGCUUUACAAGACAAACAUGUAGACGAUCAUCUAAACAGACAGGACCGGAAUGGGCUUAUCUUUUAUGGGACUUCACUUCACUCCUCAAGCAAUGCUGAACUCUUUCAAGAAAACGAUACAACAUCAAGUGAAGAGAGAGCAGAUCACGAACACAAACAGUGUACACUACUACCUUGCAACCAAAGUUCAGAAAAAACCGACGACGUCCCCCCAGAAUCGAGUAUGAACGUAGAUUGUCAUCUCCCAUCGUCUCAGGGGGCUGUUAUUGCCAACGAUUACCCUUGGACAUCCAAGCCUUUUGAUGCUAGCGUCUCAUCAAAUUCCAGUCAAUGCGUAGCUGUAAGUUCAAACAGUCAGUUAGCUAUUAUCAGCACCUUUCACAAACCUAAGGUCAUCAAUGAAAUAGCUUACAAUGUUGAUAUUACACUUUUGAUUCCGUUUUUCAGGGCAGCAAAAUCUCAUGUGACAACAGCCACGACCUAACUUGCUUUGAGGAGAAUCCUAAGCCUUCAGUAGGUAAGGGCGUGGAUUGGAAAGAAGAAAAUGUUGAAAUGUCAGGACCACAUGCUGCCAAUGGAGAAGAAAGGGUCAAAAGAGCUGUUGAUUCAGUUGGUGAUGCUGUAAGCGUAGGUAAUAGACCGUCGUCCUGUGAAACAAACUGGGAUCGUCUUGGCGCUAGACCUAAACAACCUCAACAUUCGCUGGUGGCAGAAAGACCAAGGGAGCCUCUCGUCUCUGCAACAGAUGGCUUGGCUGCUAAUUUCCUGGCAAGACACACCCAAGACAAGGCCCUUCAAGACAGUCUUUAUCAAAGUACCGGUACACCAAGUCCCGUUUUCAGCGAGAAUUCGCACGGCACUUCCUAUGUUGAUGGUUAUGCACCUGACCCAAACCGAGCUACGACAUACUGUGGAGGUUUGUCAUUUCCAGCUGAGACUGAUCCACACGGAAGAAAAGAGAACCCAUUCUUGUCUGCAUUGAGUGAGGAGUUUGACAGAGGACGCACAGAGGGUAAUUUCUCUUAUGAACACCUUUAUGAUAACACGACUGAUGCAGAUGCACAAGGUGGACCUUUCGACAGCCACUUUGGAGAGGGUAACUUUUCAAGAUUCAGGAACUGCUCAUCAAAAAGUACUAGUAGUGCAGUAAACAGCCAUACAUUUCAGAGUGGUUUUGUCGAAAAUAUCCUUGUGCUCGCAAGAAACAAUCACCAUGAGCUUGUGCAGGAUCAGUCUGUUUCACCAGGUUCGUGUUCAGCUUCUCAUUCGGAACCCACGAACACAACACAGCAGAACUGGUCAAUACCUGGUAGGGUUUCAGUGGUCCGUCCCAGUGGAUGCACGACAACUUUUGAAGAUGCUUGUUUGGCACAGGGAUCUACUCACGAUACAUCUUUUCUUGAACCCCGUUAUGGUGAUGCAGACAGCUACAGAAGUUCUGUGUGGAACAACAGAGACUUUGGUACAGAUUCAGUCGAGUCCUCAGACAACUCAUUGCUUGCUCUGGAACGGCGUGUUGCAGAAGCUUCCGCUCUUGUUGAAAGAGUACUGCGAGAGAGGGAGGAACGUGAACAGUUUGGAAGGGAGAUAGAAAGAAAAGAACAGUUGAUCAGAGAACAGAGGGCCAAAGAAAGGAGAGAGAAGGAAGAAAGAGAGUUGCGAGAGGCUGAAAACUGGCCACAACAACAAGAGGCCAUCAACGCACGUUCGCAGUGGUUAUGUGAACAUUAUCAGCGGCACUGCAGAGUGCGAUUCCCUUGUUGCACUCAAUUCUAUCCAUGCCAUCGCUGUCAUAACAUCUCGAAAGCUUGUGACAAUGAAGAGGCUAAAGCUUGUCAUGCCACUCAUCUGAAAUGUUCUCACUGUCAGGAAGAACAGGAGGUAAUCUUUUUGAACAUUGCACUUUAAAACUAACUGUGGGGAAUGUGCGCGGCCUAUUUGUCAAUCAGCAGUCAAGGAGACAGCACAGUCAAAGGCCGUUAAUACGGACACUGAUUGGGCCAUAGAAAGUGUUCGUAUUCACGGGGUGUCCAUAUAAAGUGGGUUGACUUUAGAGAACAUAUAAGGGCUUUCCUCCCCCAGGGAUUUGACUGUACCUUAUGCUGGCGAAAAUUCAUUCUUAAUUUUCCAAAUUCUUUUGUGGCUUCAGUCGAUUGGAGAAAAAAAAGGCAUGUUGCCUUAGCAACAGUCUCAACACUUACUACAGGACACUCAAGUUAAUAAUGCACACACAGAAUACUGAAGAAGCGAGUUUGCAAUGCUUCUUGCUCUUUUUUUGAUUGUUUUGUAACUCUUGCUGUCUGUUGUCAAGAGCUUAUUUCUCUUCAAUAGAGAUCCCAUGGGUUUCGACGAGGGUACCUGAAUUAAGGAGAUCAGCACCGUUUAAGUACUUGUGCGAAAGUAAAAGCAAUACUUGCGAGUCUUAUUUCCUUUUGACAGACAUUUCCGUUUAUUUAGUCUUAUUUUUUUGGCCCUAAGCUGCCAGAGUAAUCCUUAGAAUGAAUCAAGUGUUGAGAAGUGAAACGUUUUACAACUGUAUUUUCACAGAUUGGCGAAGACAGUGCUCAUUGUCGUAAAUGUGGAGGGAAAAUGUCUGCUUAUUUCUGUGCCAUCUGCAAGCAUUUUACUAGUAUUGACAAGAGUCCAUACCACUGCGAUAAAUGUGGAAUUUGCAGGUAGGUUAAACAUUAUUUUUUUCUUUCCAAAAUUAUGAUAAUUAGUUAUUGAGAAAGAAUUGUCAUACCUUCAAAAUAUUGAAAUCUUUAUUACAAAGGCAGUUAUAUACCCUCAGGAGACACCGAAAUUUGACAUCCUACCUCCAGUAUACGAAUUUUCACCCAAGAAGGACAAAUUCGGUGUAUCAAUUGAGUUCGAAUUCAUCUAUGGUUUCCUAACCAACAUCAGUAUCACUGCGAUACGAUUGAUUGAAUUAAUUGAAUACCUGAUAUUUUCUACCUACAUGUACUAUAGAUUUGGCCGUGUUUACACCGAAAAAUUUUUAAAUCCGUCAAAAUGGACGUUCCUCCCAAACGAAAACCGUUAUUAGAAAUGCAGCAAGUACGCGGAAAACUCAGCCAUUUAAAGGGGGAAGAAUAAUAAAGAAUCUAACUCUUCCUUUUUCAGGACAAGAACAUUUUCCCACGCUUCAUUAUAUAAUGGAAAUAACUAUUAAUUGGGUCCUUUCAGGUUUUUACUAUUAAUAACCUCAUUGUUUUUAAGUACAUUUGAAAAUAUGUUGCGAACUUCCUGAAUGUUGCUGGUAAUAAUGUUAAUUUCCAGCGGGAGAUUUCCUAACUUUUCUUUUCUGGGAGAGAGCAUCUUUCGUUUAGGCGUAAAUUAAAUCAGAACCAUAUGACUUAACCAAUUUUUACCCAUUUUGUUUCAAUCAAGGAUUCAUCAGGACAAAUCAUUCCAUUGUGAAGUUUGUAAUGUGUGCUUAGACAAACGCCUUGAGGGAAAUCACAAGUGUCGACCAGAUUCAGGUCACGAUGAAUGUUGCAUUUGCUUGGAGGUGAGUUUAAAUGAGAUCGCCUGAGAAAACAGUGGCGACAUUUCGCGACGCCACUGACUCCUAGUUCUUUUGCAACGCCUGAGGAAGGAGCACAGAAAUUCCAUACUGAUGACCAGUCACUGGUCCAAUCUGGGUAGUGCGUUCGAUUGGUCGUGCAGCGUGGAAAAUUUUCUUUAACCAUGCUGAUGUAUGGAAUUUCUGCGCUCGUUCCUCACACGUCAUUUCUAGGGAAAACCAGUAGUGGCGUCGCGAAAUGUCGGCUGUUUCCUCAGGCUAAUUAUGAGAGAAAGUUAUUUUAGUGCUUGUUUGACUUGGUCACAAUAAAUUGCAUUAAACAUUGUUUUUUUUUUUUGACUGAAAGGAUGCAUUCAGUGGUUGUCAGAUAUUACCAUGUUCACACAAAGUCCACAGAGAAUGCGCCAUCGCUAUGAUUCAAAACGGCAUGUAA